AAAACUAUUUGUGAAGAAGGUCCAAAACAGGUGAAUAAGAUCCUCUUUGGCAGCUCCUCAGUACAGUGUGCCUGGUCUCAGCUAUUUGCAGUAAUAAAUACAACAAAGCACAUUCUGUGUGAGAAGAAAGUUGAAUUUCGGGCUGUAACACAAGGAAAAGGUGUCCAAUUGCCAAGAGGAGCUUUGCAAACAUAGUCUCAAUCCAGUGGCUCUGGUAACAUUCCCGAACGGAUUGCAGAAUGGGCUUCUCAUAUAUAGGACUGUAUUGACAUUGGGCAUGCUGUGCUGUUGGUACUGGAAUGUGAUAGAAAUGCUCAUAAAAAUCUGUCUUGCUUUAUUGAGUAGCAACCUGAAAUGUCAGUAUCACAUGCUAAUUAAUGAUUAAUGUUUUAGGAAGGAGAUGCAUACUUGAAAUAUUUUUAAACUGGUAUAACAAGUUUUCAUGCUGCAGAGGAGGGAAGUUCUCUAUAAUACACAGUAAUAGGCUGUGUACUUGGAAAUGUGUACCAUAAAUUUCCCCGCCUUAAGGACAGAAUGUGUCAACACAUAAAAUAAAGUUAGUGCCAGAAUUAGUAGUCAAUAAUGCUGAAGAACGAGGAAAGAAGAAAAAAAAAACAUACAAAUGAUGAUGAGAAGGACAAAAACCUCUUUCAGACACACCUGGGGUAGGAAAAUGUAGGCAGCACAUUUUCAAUGUGAGAUUAGACAUUCUAGCACAAGGUGUUGAAGGUGAAUCAAGAAAUAAAGAAAAUAACACUGUGGAAUUGACAAGACUCUGGAACUACCUUCUUCCUCAUGGUGAUGUCCUCAUGGUGAUGUCCUCAGCAAGCAGAGCCUUAGCUCUGGCAGGAUGAGUUAGCAUAUACUUGCACAUAAUGCUGUAGGAAUAACACAUUGACGUUAUCUAACAUCCCGAGCUGAUGAAUUGCAAAGCACUUUGCAUCUGUUUAACAAUGUUUCCAAACAGGAAAUCAGUAAAGUACAGGCUUACAUUUAAGUAUGUUCUUCAAUUAAAUGUGUUUCCUCCCCAAAAAUGUUUUCCUCAGCCAGUGUCUGUAGGCUGUACUUAGUAGAUGCCACUCCCGCGUCCCUCCUUGAUGAAAUGAAACACUUUCCUCUCCCAUACUGUUGUGUAACAGAUGUUGUAGGUGAGUCCUAUGAUCCUAUACCAAGUCACUGGCAGAAAGAAGAAUAAAAGACAGAGCUGGGAUUCAUCUAAGCUAACAUUAGCAGGCUGUAAAGUCGCUUUUGUGAAGAGAGACACAUAGGACUUGGGUCAGGCUUUGCCAUUGGAGAUGUUUCCUCAUAAUCAUUUGUCCAUCUGGGUCAGUGGAGAUACCCUUCCUCUCUUGACUGUUUAGAUUAGAUGCCAACUCCAUCCAUCACAAAGCAGUGUAAAUCUCUCCCUGGGAUCCCAACCACCUGCUGUCCCCCAGGUACCACUCCUGCAGCCCUGAGGAGGCUCCAUGGGAGCUGCAGGCUGGCCGUGGUCUCACUGCUCCCAAGCUUUGCUGACCUAAAUCACACAGCUCCCUCAUCCUGCUUCUGCCACAACACUUCUCGUGGGUAGGGCCACAUCAUUCCGAAGCAUCUCCUUCUUCCAUGUGUUCAGGCACUUUCUGCUCCACAAAUAACUCUGCCACCACAGCAUGGACAAGAAAUAAUGAUUUCUGUAAGAGCUGUUCAAAGGCCCUUCCUAAAAACAGCCUGAAAUUGUUACAGGGGACAUAAAUCAAAUCACUCAUCUGAUGGCUGACAUAGCCUCGCACAUACUUUCUAUAAAUAAGCACCAGGCAGUACGAUGAUAAAUUAGUAAUAAAGAGUCGAUGGAACGUGUUGUCGGGCUGCUAUGGGCAGCGCUGCUUAACACAGCACGCAGAACGCUUUCCCCCUUCAAGACGCUCAGCAAAGAAGCACGCAGGCUGCCGAUAACUUUGUAUUGCUGUCACCUCCUUCACCCUUAACAUCCCUCAGCAGAGGGACAGCCCUGAGAACCGAGCUGCUUCCAGCGCGGGGUGAACGAGAACACCGCACCCCGAUGGCGGGGCGGGAAUUCACCUCAGGGCUCCCGGGCGGCACCGCCCUCGCGCACCGCGGGCGGAGAUGGCGGCGCCCCCCGCCCUGCCCUCCGUCACAGGCACCCGGCACACUUGGCCAUGAGGGGCGAUGGAGGUGGAUCCCGGAUAAAGGCGGCCGUCCCGCCGGGCGAGGCGGAGCCAUGACGAAGCGCCGCUCCCACUGGGACGGAGCGCUCCGCCCCGUCCCCGCGCGGCGCUGCCGCUUUAGCCGCCCGCCGUGGGUGUUGGCCGGGCGCAGUGCGCAUGAGUUCGGCUGCUUGGCGGAGCGCGCGUUUGGCUUGAGAGCACUUGGAGAACUUGCUGUCCUUCGUCCUUCUGUUGUCCCUGUUAGGAGAGACGCGGAUUUCUGACGGCAGCCGAAAUGAAUACAACUGGCAGCACUACGUAACGUGCUGAUGGCAUCCUGUGCUGCGUUGGGAUCAAUAAGUCCAGAAGGUGUGAUGCCUAGAAAUCUCCUGUCAGAUUUUCCUGAAGCGACGCCCGAAAUCUCUCCGAAGCGCACGCUUGGGAGCAUGGAGAGGGGUGGUGGUGUGGAGAACUGUGGCAACCAAGCUAGAUGCAAAAACCUUGCCAUGGAUGAUGAGAGUAUGAAGUACUUAACUCAUGAAGAGCAGGAUGUUCUCACUUUCUUUGAGGAAACCAUAGAUGCCUUAGAAGAUGACUUGGAGGAACCAGUCCUACGUGACAGUGGCAUCCACUGUCAGUCUCCAAGGUCAACAGAAGAAAAUGUGUCCAGUCAUUCAGAGACUGAAGAUAUCAUUGACUUAGUGCAGUCAACACCUGAAAGCAGUGACCAUGAAGGCCCUCCCAGCAAAGAUGCAGAACCAGUGUUGGAUGCCACCCGGAGAACUGAGAGCCCUGAGCCAGCUGCACCUGCUGACCUUCCCCCACAUCCCUCUGUAGCAGCACCACAGAUGUGUGAGACUCUCCCUCCUCCACCUCCUCCUGCAGUGCAGCAUCCGAAAUUGCUUCGCUCUGUCCCCACUCCACUCAUCGUGGCCCAGAAGAUGUCUGAGCAGCAAAUGGAGAGCAGGGUGCGUUUCCCCAGCGCCCUGAAGGAGGGGAAUUCUGACAGGAAGAAAACUGUGGUAGCCAACGGUGAUUAUUUUGCAGCUCCAAAGCACCCUCCUGCACCCGCACCCAAACUGCACCGGUUUCCAAGCAAUAUCAAUAUAACAAAUGUCAGUGGCAAAGAAUUCAAUGAGACUAUCUCAAAAGCAGCAGUUAACGUACAGGAGCGGAGAGCUCAGGUGCUGGCCAACAUCAAUGGGGGAUUUCUGGCAACUGAAUUGGAGGAGAGGCAGCAAAAAAAUGAUUUCUUGUCACGCAACAGAAGUUCUUCCUUAAGGGAUCUCUCCUCUGAGCAAACGCGCUAUGAGGCCCUGACAAAACUUGGCCUUGUUAAGAGAAAGUCAGCUCAGGACCCAGCAGAUCAUGAUGCCCCAGGAACUCAGCAGCUUGAUGUGCAGCCCAAGCAGGCAGAUGCUGUUCCCAAUGGAUACCAAAACAUCCACGAGGCUUUAAAAAGUGAGCCCAGCCCUUUCCUUCCUACGGGCAAAACUGUAACAAUCAAACCAGAGGUAGCUCUUAAUGCUAGCAAGGUCACUCAGCAGAACACAGCAAAAGGUUUUAAUGAUUACAAGCAACCUAACCUAACCCUGGAUAUGAGGAGGAGGUCAGGUUCGCUACCCAGACCUUCAGGAUUUCGAUCGCAGGGGAUAACAGUGAAGUUUUCUGGCCGUGGCUCAACAGAAGAAGCGAGGAGAGAGGCACUGCGUAAGCUGGGACUGCUGAAAGAGACUGCAUAGUUUGGAUAGGAAUGUGACAAUGCAGGGGAAGUCACAGCUUGACUUUGGGCUGGAACAAUCCUGAUGGGAUUGGGAUCAGGUUGGAAGGAGAUAUGGGAAGAUUUCUGCUUCAGGCAAGCUAAGGAGAUGCUGUACUGCGGCAUGGCUGUUAGUUGCAGACUGGCACUGUGUAAGGCCAUGUACAUUGGUUGGUUUCUGCCCUGCUUCCUGUAGAAAGACUCAUCUGUUGUUCUUUGUGAUUAAGAAGAAUUUUAUUUAAGUAAUAAAUAAGCUGGACUGUAGCAGAGGACAGCUUGUUAAUGAAGUGUACAGUGCAGUAUUGGUGUACAUAGCAAACUGAAUGGACAAUCUUCCUUCUGUUCUUUUUAAAGCCAAAAAAAACCCACGAGAGCUCUGUCUUGCACACAUCUGUGUUAUGGGAGCUUGAGAUGUAUCAAAACUGGAAUUUCUGACUAGUGUGACACUUCAGUGAUGCUGUCUGUAUUAUCAGGCUUUGCUUUCAGUCCCUUCUGGUGGUGGACUCUUCUGCUCCCUCGCUCUGUGCCCACUCAACUGAAGAGGGCAGCUCCAGUUCUGACCUUCUCACUGGAGCAGCCUAGGCUUUGGAGUGGGUGACUGCAUUACUCUGCUGCUUUGCUCAAAGCUGCCUUCCUUCCCAGCUGCUGCUGCUUCCUGGCCCUGCCCUCACAAUCUGCGUCCAGUGAAAGGCACCAGACAGGCCUCAAGGAUACGCGCCCUGUGUUGCUUUCUGCACUGACAGCCAAAGAGCCUCCUGACAAUCUGCAGUCCCAGCUGUUCUGUAUGAGAAGCCAUAGGAACAAGUCAACUCCAUACCAAAUGUGAGAGGGUUCUGUCAGAAGUUUCACCUUUCACCUGGAUGUUCCCAUGAAGAAGCUGUUAAUUUUCAAGCAUCAGCUGUGCUACACUGCAAAGGUGUAAAUUCUGAUACUUCUAAAAAGAAAAAAAAAAAACUCACUUGCUCUUCCUCUAGUCUGACAGACCUAACAACCCUCUGCUCAGAGCCUUAUUUGAUUCUGCCCUGCCAAUACAUAACAAAUUAUAGCCAAAAUUCCUGCAGGCUAAAUGGAGUCACAGGAGAGAGUGGGAUGUAAAAGCACAUUGCUCCUGGAGGGUCCAUGUUAGCGUGUUUUGCCUUUGCUUUUCAUGAUGGUCCCAAAAUGUGUGCUGGUAUGUUUUGGGAUUUUUUAUUUUUAUUUUUUAGCAUAUAUAGCAAAGCUGCUCUUCUGUAGUAAAACUCCCUUUCCUUUUCGUAUACCUGAAACUAUCAAAACCAGCCAUUGAAAACCCCAAUGCCAAACCCCAGCCUCCCACGCGGGUAGGAGUUCUCAGACUCUCUCUAAAGGAGAAAACUCCUUUAUUCUCUGCACUUUCUGAAGCCCCCAGCAGCCCCCUCUCUUCCCUGAGAAGCUGAGUAAUAAACCUUGGAGGGGAGGAGGGGAGUGGCAAUAAUAGAAACUGCCGCACCCUUCUUAGAGGAGCUCUGACAUAACUGUGAUAAACAAGUUUGUAUUUCUUGUGAUAAAGUAUUUCAAACCUGCUGAGCUGUAUUUGCAAAUGAAGCUGUUGUGAAGGAAGAAUCUUUCUGUAGUUGUUAACCUGCCUCAUAAGUUAAAGAUUUUGGUUGUUGUUGUUUUUAAUUUAUCUGCUUGCUGCUUUAAAUGUUUAAUUGCAUUGUUACAGUAUCUGGAUGGUUCUGUUGCUCAGUAAUUCUUUGCAGCCUUUUUGCUGGGUAAGUGAUCGCUUUCCUCCCUGUGACAGCCAUGCUGUACAUAAGCAGCCAGUAAUUAAGAAAUGCACCCAUUCCUGAGGCUGGCAGAGCAGUAAGCAUGCAUAAUCAAACGUGAGAAGUCCUGCUGAAACAAAGAAGGCUUCUUGUAU